UGCGUUUAGAGUAUCGCGCGCACUCCCACCGGGACGACCAUAGUCGCUGUGUGCACACGGGCCGAGAGAAUAUAUUUUUAUUGUAUCUCCUCAACGUUUCUUCGCAAGACGUAUACGGUACGCGUCGCACGACGGUGUAUUAUUAUGUCACGGUACACGCGCGCCCGAUCGCCACUGCACCGCCGGGAAUAACACUUUUGCAGUUAUUAAAAAAUAAUUAUUAUUAAUUCGCAUAAUUGUUCUGAGAUUUUUUUUUUUUUGAUUUUUUUUUCUUCGCUUUUCCGUUUCUGUCGCCGCGAGACGUCGGUCUUCCGACACGUUUCGUGCGCACCGCAAUAUUUUUUUAAUCGACACCUGUGCAAAGUCGUCGUCGGCCGGUCACUGCAAGACCGACAAAAAAAUUAUUCCGCUUUAACAUUCUCACGUUAAACGCGCGCUCGCGGUACGCACACACAUCACCCGAUCGUACACAUCGCGCACGCACGUUGACGGACACGUAUAGGACGGCGGUGGGCCCGGAAGGCAUCACGGUGGUGUCGACGGAAGAAGACGGACGGACGGUGGCCGGCGCCGGCUACUGGACGGGCGGCGCGACCGGCGGCGACGCAGACGCCGCGGUCGCGGCACCGUGGCAGUCAACGUUGGGCACGCUGGGCGGCGGUGGUGGCGGCGGCGGCGGCGUCGUUGUCGGUAAUGUCGGUAACGGCGGCGGUGGCGUCGUCGGCGGUAACGGCGUGGUGGGUGGCGGCGGUGGCGGCGAACUGGACCCCGUGGCCGCGUGGGGACGCAAACUGUACGCCACGCCGGGCAACCAUCACCGGAACGCCACCGCGGCCGGCCUCAUGUUCGGCCUGCACCACCACCAUCACCAGGACACCGGAACACCCGGUGGUAUAUCCGGACUGCACCAUCAUCACCACCAUCACCACCAUCACCAGCUCCGGGGCCCGGUUACCGGGCUCAAGGAAGAACCUUUGGCCAACUCGCAGCUGUCCGUUCCCCGUUCAUGGAUGCAACCUUCCAUCAUCGAUCAGAGCAGUAUCGGAGUGGGAAGAGCACAUUUUGAGAAGCAACCUCCCAGCAAUCUGAGAAAAUCCAAUUUCUUUCAUUUCGUGAUCGCGCUGUACGACAGGUCUCAGCAGCCAAUCGAAAUCGAACGGACCGCGUUCAUCGGAUUCAUCGAAAAGGAUCAGGAAUCCGAGUCACAGAAGACCAACAACGGUAUUCAGUAUAGACUUCAGCUGUUGUAUGCUAACGGUGUGCGACAAGAACAAGACAUAUAUGUGAGGCUCAUCGAUACCGUUACCAAACAGGCCAUCAUUUACGAGGGUCAAGACAAGAAUCCUGAGAUGUGCCGGGUGCUGCUAACGCACGAAGUCAUGUGCAGUCGAUGCUGUGAUAAGAAAAGUUGCGGCAACAGAAACGAAACGCCAUCCGAUCCGGUCAUCAUCGACAGAUUUUUCUUGAAGUUUUUCUUGAAAUGCAAUCAAAAUUGUUUGAAAAACGCUGGAAAUCCCAGAGACAUGCGAAGGUUUCAAGUGGUCAUUUCAACACAAGUUACGGUUGAAGGUCCUCUGUUGGCUGUAUCGGAUAACAUGUUCGUACACAACAAUUCAAAACACGGACGCCGAGCAAAACGUUUAGACCCAAAUGACGGUAUGUUUUCUCCUCUACCCGUGGCGACACCGUGUAUAAAACACAUUACACCGAGCGAAGGAUGGACCCACGGCGGAGCUUCGGUCACUAUAUUGGGUGAUAAUUUUUUCGACGGGUUGCAAGUGGUUUUCGGCAGCAAUCUAGUUUGGAGCGAACUAUUGACUCCACACGCCAUACAAGUGCAAACACCGCCCAGGCCCAUACCCGGCAUCGUAGAAGUAACGCUGUCGUACAAAUCCAAACAGUUUUGCAAAGGAUCUCCCGGCAGAUUCGCGUACAUAUCACUCAGCGAACCUACCAUCGAUUACGGUUUCCAAAGACUACAAAAAUUUGUACCCAGAUAUCCAGGUGAUCCCGAAAAACUACCAAAGGAAGUGAUCCUGAAGCGUGCGGCGGAUUUAGCGGAAGCGCUAUACACGAUGCCCCGAAACAAUCAGCUUUCGCUAUCGCUGCCCAGGUCGCCGUGCUCGCGGGACAGGGACAGCAACAACAUGUCGACGUCGGCGGGGGCGGUGGGCACCGGGUUCAACCCGUACACCGGACAGCUAGCGGUAACCGUACACGACCACGGUGCUACUGGUCAAUGGAACGACGACGAUUACGGACGCGGUCAGAGCAGCAGCGUGUCGCCCCGAGGCGGCGGUUACGGGUCCAGCGCAUCGACGCCGCAUUCGACCAACGGCACGAACGGAAGCACGUACAUAAAUCCGCCACCAACAAGUGGCGGCGGUGGCGGUGGUGGUGGCGGUGGAGGCGGCGGAAGCGGCGGCGGUGGCGGAGGCGGUGGAAACCCGUCCAAUUCCGGUCCCAACAACGGUAACGGAGGAAAUUCCGGUUACAACGGUUCCACCAUGCCUAACACCACAUCGGCCGCGUCGUCCGUUCAACUGACCAACAUGAACUCGCCCACGGCCACUUCGCACCCAUCACUCUUCAACUCUUCCUCGAGAAUGGGCACUUUGGUAACAUCACCGUUCGCAAUGAAUCCGUUCGCUUUACCAAACUGCAACGGACAGCCGUACGCCACGAGCCCGUUAAUCAGCUCGUCAGCGAAAUAAAUAUACAAGACACAAUGCGCCGCCUUUAAAAUAUAGUGUCGAUUAUGUUUCUAGUAGUUGUCUAACUUAAUCGACUGUACACGCCGAUUCGGGAAUACGACACUCCCGUUAAAUAGGUUUAAAAUACGCAUUGUUAUUAUUAAAAUCAUUUAAUCAUUAUUUAUUAUUAUUAUUAUUAUUAUUAUUAUUAUUGUUAUUAUUAUAAUUAUUAUUAUUACAGUCCGGAUUUUUAUUCUGCGAGUACACUUAAAAUAUGUUUGUAUAAUGUACACUACAAUUUCCACAUACCGAUCAAAUUUUAAUAUGUAACAAUUAAAACUAUAAAAAUUAUAAUUUCUCCAUUGUUUAAACUCAAAAACAACUUUUCUAUUUUUUAAGAGUAAGUAACUAAAUGUACUUUUAAAUUUUUGAAUUUUCACAUUUUAGUAUGAUUAAAUCACUAUCGAUAUUUAGAAAAAAACAUUACUAAUCGUAUGUUGGAAUGAAAAUAAUUAUCUUAGCUUCAAAAAAUACUCAGUUACUAGUCCAUUUACAUAAUUACAUAGCCAUAUAUGUACUCUGAAGACCAUAAAGACGCAUAGUGUAUACAUUUGUAUUCAUACAUACUACUUAUAAAUGAUGGUCCGUGCUUUUUAAUUUCUAAUACGAGAUCAUAACAGAAAAACUGAAAACAACUAUGCAAUUUAACCAUAGAUAGAACAAAAAUAAUAAUCAUAAUAACAUAGUAAAAUACGUUUUUCUACAGAUGUAUAAUUAAUAAAUAAAAUCUUAAAAAUCCGGACAAUAAUUUAUUAUUAUUGUCACAUUGAUAAAUGGUUUGGGACAUUUUUGAUUCUGUCUUGCUGACCAAAAUAUUAUGUAAUAAAUAAAAAUAAUAAUAAAAAAUAAAAUAUCAAAUUUUAAUGAAUUUCGAUAACACUAUUUUUGUAUAAAAAUAAAUAUAUAUAUAUAUAAUAAUGUAUUUAGAAAUCCUAUUGUAAACUGUAUUCUAUUUAAUCUUAUUAUUGUAUUAUGUUGUACGAUAAUACAUUUUCUUUGUUUGUUUCUAUUUAUUUUCAAAAUAUUUUGUUGUUUUUUUUAUUUGUGUAUGUAAUUUUUGUUUUGUGUAUAGUUUCAAUGUCUUUUUAAAAUUAACUAUGAUUUUUUCAUCUAGUCUAAUUGUAAAAAUAUGUAUCAAGUUAAGUUAAAAUUUCCUCGCAAAAUCACGUGUUUUAAUGCAAUAACCCAAAACGAAUGUAUUAAGUUUCAUUUAGAACACAAUAAUCCUGUGAAUGAAGUAAUUUAAAUAUUAUUUAUUGUAUACAAUAUUAUUAAAAAAUAAUUUUUUUGUGAUAA